GAUAAUGGAACUGGAUGGUCAGAUUCAACUACUGCCGGACCUGUGCGGAAUGCACCUGAUCCCGCCGCGACGAUGGCUGGAAGGUGGCGCAGGGGGAGAGACGCUGCGCAGGAGCAGCCAGAGCAGGCCUUUCCGCUGGCGCAUCUUGCAGAGGUGCAAGGCCAGAGGGCAUGCCAGAGGCAUGCAGGCGGAUACGUCGCAGACGGCGAAGGAGCUGUCGACACCGACGAGACUAAACCGGAGGUGCAGGACUCACCUGCGCAUGCGCAGCCUGCCCACUCCGGCCCCAGCGGCAGCGAGAGCCGGUGGCGGCGCACUGCUGCCUCGGCUGAGGCCGAAACCAGGAGCCUGACCCCGAGCUCCUUUGUCCUCUUGCGCUCUGGCCUCCACGUUCCCGUCCUGGGCCUCGGCACGCGGCAGCUCAAAAGCGCAGAGUGCCGAGAGGCGGUCCGAAUGGCGUUGCGCUCCGGCUACCGACUCAUCGACACAGCGCCAGGCUUUGGCAACGAGGAGGAGAUUGCCAAUGGGAUUCGCGCUGCUGGUCUUCGGCGGGAGGAUGUUUUCCUCGUCACGAAGCUUUCGCCGGCCGAGCACGGCGACGCCGAGGAAGUUGAGGAGGCGCUGCGCGCGUCCCUCCGGCGACUCGGGACUGGCUACAUCGACCUCUUUCUCAUUCAGAGCCCUCAGGGAGGAAGUGUCAUCUGGACCUGGGACGCUGUGCUCGCCAUGAGGGACAGGGGCUUGGCGCGAGCAGCAGGCGUAGGCUCCCAGGAGCCCCACUGUGCUCAAAGGUGCAAAGCCCGAAGUAAUUUCUCUGCGGCCCACCUGGCACGGCUUGCCGCAACCGGGCGAGAGCUGCCAGAGGUGCUACAGGUGGAGCUACACCUGGCUCAGCAGCAACAAGAGCUCACAGCCUACUGUGCGGGCAACGGCAUCGCUGUCAUGGCCGCCUCGCCCCUUGCACGUGGCCAGCUUUGCCGCCCCUCCCACGGCAGCUUUCCAGAUGCAUGGCGAAGCUUAGCAGGCAUGGCAGCCAAGAAAGGCCGGAGCCAAGCGGAGAUCGCGGUGCGCUGGUGCCUUCAGAGAGGCUACAUCGCUGUGCCGAAGAGCAAGUCCCAGGGCCACGUGGAGGCCAACGCGGCCUUCGGCUUCGAACUGACCUCUGCGGAGAUGACCGCGCUUCGGAGCGUGGAUUGCCACUGCUCCGUGAGCUCGUCAGCAAAAUGCCUGGAGCUCUCCUGGGAGCAGGCUGUUGCAGAGCACUCGGAGGUGAGCGAAGGCGAUGUCGGAGAGGACAGACCCCGACGUCGGCGGCGGCGCCGGCGCAAAGGGAAGGGGAAAGGAAAGAGCGGCAAAGAAGGCAAGGGCAAGGGAGGGCGUGGACCUCCGGCCGGUACGGCCGCGCAGCGGGCGGCCAACACCCUUUUCGGCCUGAGCUGA